UGCAGGUCCGUGCGCAUGCGCGAGCUCCAGCUGCAAACGACCCGGGGCUCAAGUAGUGUUGCUUGAGUCCUUCCUUGCUGGACCUGUCGCCAGGGCAGCUCUGGCCACUUGAUGAGGGGGUCCUCCCACCGGGUUCACAGUCGGGGCAUCCUUACAUCCUCCAGUUUGGGAUCGAGAGUUACCACCCCUCGCUGAGCGACUUCCGAUUGCUGGGCGCGGCGCUGGGCACGGCGCUGGGCACGCCCCAGUUCCUAGAUCUUUCGGGCCACACCAGCCCGGCGAGUGACAGUCACCCGGAGGAGCCAGCCCAUUAGCGCUGAGUCAGCCUGUGCAGGGGGCUAGGCCGCGUCGGCCAGCAGCUGAUUACCUUCCUCCGAUGCUCCUGUCGUCCUCCGUGGCCUGGGGAGUCCUGAGCUCUAACGAAGGUUGCUUCCCUGCUCUGCCGCAGCACCCUGUGGGGACUGCCAGGCAAUAAUGAAGGUCCUGUUACUGAAAGAUGCCAAGGAGGAUGACGGUGGCCAGGACCCGUACAUCAGGGAAUUAGGAUUUUGUGGACUGGAUGCUACUUUGAUCCCUGUUUUAUCGUUCGAGUUUCUGGCUCUUCCCAGUCUCUCGGAGAAGCUGUCCCAGCCAGAACGCUACGGGGGACUCAUCUUCACCAGCCCCAGAGCCGUGGACGCUGUGGAGCUGUGCCUGCAGAGAGACAGCAAAGCCAGAGUCUGGACGGAGUCUCUGAAGGGGAAAUGGAAUGCUAAGUCGGUGUACGUGGUCGGAAAUGCCACCGCUUCUCUGGUGAACAAAAUGGGCCUGGAUACGGAAGGAGAAAACUGUGGCAACGCAGAGAAGCUGGCGGAGUACAUUUGUUCCAUGACCCUGGCUGAGGUGCCAAGCAUGAGCCACCAGGGACCAUGUCUGCCUGCUUGCGAUGCAGCCCCUGGCCCGCCACCCCUGCACCGAAAGGCGGGGACAGUUCCAGUGGAAAGCAAACCACUUGGGUCUUCUCUGGGGUCGGGGGCCCUGUGAUCGGGCAGGUCUUGAGGGGACUGGCCAGGACGCAGAGGGUGGGCGAUGACCCGCCUCUAGGCUCUUUGUUUGUCGUCCUUUCAAGGGGCCAUGGUCACCAUUAAACACAUCCAAGCCCCUUUUUAAACUGGAAAUCAGUGUAAAUGGUAGCUUUUGCCAUCCCAUCCGGUGGGAUUAAGAAGCUGAGUUAUUGGUCCCGUGGGCGGGACAGCUGGGAGCUCCAUGCUGGAACAGGUGGCCCAGCCUGUUCCCAGGCAGGGGACAUGGAGGUGCGCACAGCGGCCGCCACGGUUCUGGAAGGAGAUGGACGGCGUCCUGCCUCACCGGCAGGCCCAGAGCUGUCGGGCGGGGUUCCCUGUGCAGGUGCCAGGCAGGUGCCCGUGUCGCUUCCAGGCUGCCACCCUCGUGUUUCAGUCCCCAGAGCUGCCGCUCGGAGGGCAGAUAGGAACACGUUCUGCCCCUGCCUCGGAGGCCGCUGGCCAGCGUUCUUUACGGAGGCUUAGUUACUUGCUCUGAUGUGUUGCCAGCGUGUCUGUGGGCCCUCAUAAAGCUUCAGCUUGCAAUUAAAAUACCCAAAUAAGAGCCCAUCUUGACUUCCAGCAAGGACAUUCACCUUGGUUUUACCAGGGUGUUUAGGAUUUAUCCCCCAGUUAUCUCUGAAGCUUAAUUUUAAAAGCUAAGAAUCUAUUUCCAAUGCUUGGAGUACACAGGCCAGUUCACAGUUAUUGCUGCUUUAUUUCACCUGACACCUACUUACUACGAGACAGGCUCCACUGGAAGCGCUUAAAGCUAUUAACUAAUUUAAUUUGAUAGCUUAUUGUUCUGAUAGACAAUGCUCCUUCUCUCCCCGGAUGUCUCCUGUGGUGGGAAAGAAAAUGCAGGUUACAGAGUAAAAGCUAGUUUUAACAGAGAGAGAGAGAUGAGGGCAGACAGACAGAGCUGCAGUCCGUUCCAAACGUCCCCCUGGACUCGGAGCUGACGCACAAAACAGCAGACUCGCUGGGCUCCUCUUCCUGUCCGGCCUGUCAGUCUCACGGUCCUGAUCAGCGACAGUUCCGUGCGCACUGCCUGCCCGACCUGGUGUUCACUGCAGCGCCCGAGAGAGGCAGGCGGAGGGAGAGAACACUGCAGCCCCCAAGUGGUUGGGGUUUUACAGGCAUGCACACCCCCCGUGGCAUUUACAGAGUCAUCUCGGGGCUGUGAUUACGUGCAGCGACCCUGUGCUGAGCCCCCGCCCAGCUGCACAGCACGCAGGGUUCUCAGUGCCUUUUCUGUCUUCAGCCUUGACAGACCUAUGGUCCAGACCUCCUUCCUGCUAAAGGAAUGGAGAGGGGCCUCUGCGCCCCGCCACCCAUCUAACCUGACCAUCUCUGCGUCGGGCUAGACCCCUGCUAGGCCCCUGUCUCACCCUGUCUCCCUGGGGAGGCCCCGUUUCACCUCUGCAGUCGGCCAGCUUUAUAUGGACACAGUAGGCACUGGCCCAUUUGGCCUAAAAAUCCGCAGGUAAGCUUAUUACCACCCAAAAAGGAGUGGGUUCCGGCAGGCCUUGUUUCACUGUGCCUCGCUCCAUUGUGCGGUAGGGAUCUGGUUACAAAUUGAAGGCAGGACCCUCCACCAGCAGAAGAUCACAACUCACCAAACGGCCGUGGUCUGGGACCCGACCCGCAGUAACGUCAGGGUCUGCCUGUGUCCGCCUAGACUUCCUGAGGGGGUUAGCUCCCGGGACAGCUUUGCUGUAGACUUCCCCUCGCGGGGAAGAACUUUCAAGUGGGACAGUUUCAGGUUUUCUUCCCAGUGCAGGUUGGGCCGUGCUCUCCUCUGAUGCCUGCUGAGCUGUGGGCCCGCAGAGCUGGCUGCUGGGCGCUGGUGAGCAGUGAGAACAAGGCGCCGGCCCUGUCCUGGAGGCAAGGGCUAAGCCCCCUGUCUCCCCAGUAGUGGCCAGCAUUCGAGAAGUGACGCAGUACUCUGCUGGACCUGCAGAAGAGAUGCCGCGAGGGGUGGAUUCUGGAAUUUUCUAAAGGCCACCCCCCCAACCCCACACCUCUGGUUAGGCUUGCUAGAAAGCCCCUUGGGCACUUGGCUGGCGGCCGCUGUCCUGGCCAAGACAGCAGUGGGCACGCAGCUCGUCUUCGUUGGCGGUAGCCGCAGAGCCACGCCACACACGGCCCCUGUAGAGGUGGACCACACUCGGACCACGUCUGCUCCGGUGCCGGCGCCAGGCCUGACUCUAACCUUCUAGCUCCAGCUGAGGUGCGAGGCCUGCAUUCUAAACAGUGACUGCUGCCCAGAGGCCGCGUCAGGGGAGGGGGAUCAUGGGAGCACAGCUGACAGCAGACCCAGGCUCGUGUGGCUGUCAGCUUUCCAGGCACCUGCACCGCGCUGCCCCUGUGACCAUCAUGUGACGUGGUCAGUCCCCCUGCAGUCGCUAGAACCGAGGCCUGAGGAGCAGAGCAGGCAGCCACCCUGUGUUUCUGCAGAGCCGUGCGACGUCCGG